ACGCCAGCAGCCACACAAACACGUUCCCCUCUCAGUUACAUGCACAGUCACACACAUACCGCACCACCACCGCCGCCGCUGCUGCCACCACCACCACCACUACUCACACACACACAGUCACAGACACAGUGACGGCUGCCAGGCUUAGUGGGAAGCAAACCAUCAGGGAAAGAGCCUGAGAAGAAAGAGAGGGAUUGCCGAGGGGAAGAGAAGAAGAGAGAAAAGAGUUGGAGGGGCACCUUGUGGAUCAGAAAGGAUUUUCCGUUUUUUUGUGAGAGAGUACGUCUGGAUAAGGCUAUCUGCCUUUUAUCAAGGCUUUUUCCUCUUUGCUCAUCCUCCGUGCAAGACUCCAGCGAUAUCUACCUAUCUAUCCCUGGAGCUUAACAAAAGAGGGAGGGAGUGAGGGGGAAAAACAGUCACAGCUUCAGCUCCAGACCAUCCUCUCUCCUCCUCUACUCCUCUUCCUCCUCCUUCUGUUCUCUCUCCGGUUCCACAUCCAUGUGUGAGUUCAUCGCUGAUUCCAGUGUCUUUUGAGGAUAGAGGAAGAAGGACGCCGUGUGUUCUUCAGGAUACAGCUGGGCUCCCCUUGGGAUCAGGUUCUUCGUCAGAUUUAAGAGAGGGAAAGAAACAAGGGGGACUGGAUAAAAACGGAUAAAAGAGACAAAACAAGAGAAAGAGAGAGACAUUGGAAGACAAAUUGAGGGGCAUGUUCAGGGCACCAGAGAAGAGGAGUGAGUCUAAUUUCUAGUCCACAUAGUGUCAAGAACCGGCAAGCAGAACGCAACCAUUCAUUCCACAUCCUUCUCUUCCCUCUCCUCUUACUCCCUUUUAGUCCUGCGCUUCAGUUUUUCUUUAUUGUUCCCUCUUUUGCUACUAUCUUUCUGAAUUUUUGCUCUCCUAACCCCACACAUCCGUAUCCUCAACCUCUUUCUUCUGCUACCCUGGCUCCACGCUUUCCAAACCCCUCAAAACGACAGUCCCUUGCAAGCUCCAAUCAGGCUGAAAUCCCAUGCACGGUGCGUCCUCCUGUCGACCUCGUACAUCUAACACCUUAAUAGCAAGAGAAGCGUGCUCUCUCUGCAUCCACUCUUGGAAACAGCCCUCCUGAAGGAUCCAGGCCAGUAGUUGGAAGUGAUUGUACCCCACCUGUGAGCUUCUAUCUCCAGCCUCCAGGACCUUCAGUUGGAUUCUAGCUACAUGGGAAAACGUUUGGAGCAGCAGCCAAUGUACCCCCACUACACCUACUACUACCCCCACUAUCUCCAGACGAAGCAGUCCUAUGCUCCUCCUCCUCAGCCCAUGGCUCCACCAAGUCCAGGCACAACAGGAGGAGGGGGUGGAGGUCAUGGAGGUGGGCUGGUGGAGCAACUUAGUAAGACCAACUUGUACAUCAGGGGGCUGCCACCUGCCACCACAGACCAGGACCUCAUCAAACUCUGUCAGCCAUACGGGAAGAUUGUGUCGACAAAGGCCAUCUUGGACAAAAACACUAAUCAGUGCAAAGGCUAUGGCUUUGUGGACUUUGACAGCCCUGCGGCAGCCCAGAAGGCUGUGGCCUCGCUCAAAGCCAGUGGAGUCCAGGCACAGAUGGCGAAGCAACAGGAGCAGGACCCCACAAACCUCUACAUUUCCAACCUGCCGGUGUCAAUGGAUGAGCAGGAGCUGGAAAACAUGCUGAAGCCCUUUGGUCAUGUUAUUUCCACGCGGAUACUGAGAGAUGCCAACGGUUUGAGCAGAGGAGUCGGCUUUGCCAGGAUGGAGUCGACGGAGAAGUGCGAUGUGGUGAUUCAGAAUUUCAACGGCAAAUUUCUGAAAACCCCUCCAGGCAUGACAGCUCCUGCAGAGCCCCUGUUGUGCAAGUUUGCUGAUGGAGGCCAGAAGAAGAGGCAGAGCCAAGUUAAAUAUCCCCAGAAUGGACGACCGUGGACAAGAGAAGGAGAGAGUGGCAUGGCGUUAACAUAUGACCCCACAACAAUGCAGAAUGGAUUCUACUCUUCACCCUAUAGCCUUUCCACCAAUCGGAUGAUUGCACAGACAUCAAUCACACCCUUCAUUGCUGCCUCCCCUGUCUCCACAUAUCAGGUCCAGAGUACAUCAUGGAUGCCACAUCAACAGUAUGUUAUGCAACCUACAGGUGCUGUAAUCACCCCAGCAACGGCCAUAGAGCCCAGCUUGUCUCUUCACCCAUCCAGUGUCAUGGCUCCUCUCACCCAGCAGAUGAACCAUCUCUCUCUGGGCCCCACAGGCACCUACAUCUCUGCUGCAGCGGCUGCUCCUAUGCAAGGAACCUACAUUCCCCAGUACACUGCAGUGCCUGCCUCUGCUAUUACAGUGGAUGGUGUGGUGACAGACCCAUCUCCACAGACAACUGCCCCCUCCUCACAGGAUGCCAGCGGGCAGCAGCCUUUAUCAGUGGAGAAUUCAGCAGACCAUGCCACAGCCUACUCCUACCAGCAGACAAAGUAACUGGUGGGAGUCAUUGUUGCAUUGCCUUUAGAAGGACUGCACGAAGGAGCCGGAGACAGACAGAGAAUCAAAACAACACAGAGGACAAAAACAUAGCAGUGAGGUGGACAUGGCAGACAGGAAAAUGCUUCCACUGUGCACAGGAACCAAAUAAAUGAAGAAAAAAAAUAUGCUAUAUUUUAUAGCUGUUUGAACCAAGACAAAGACAGCUAUAUAUAUAUAUAUAUAAAAAAACAAAAACAAAUAAAGAAUGUUUGUUGAACUACAAGACAAUGGAAUCAAUCACAGUCCAAGACUGAUUUGAUCAUUUUUCACCUUGAAACUGGACUUUCCCCUCUGGAGGGGUAAAAACAAAAAACAAAAAAAAAACUAUAUAAAAGAGUGAAAUCAAAACUCAACCAACUGUAAAGAAAAAAAAGAAAACAUUUGAAUGUGCAGGUAGAAUUUUUGACAUUUUUAUCAAAAAAUAAAGGAAGCAGUGUCUAGGGGAAAACCGACUGUCUUCCUCUGAUAUGAAGCUCUGUUUUUCUUUUUCUCUUAUUAUUUGAGUAGUUUUUUAGAAAAUCAAUGUUUUCUUAAAUUCUUAUUGCCUUAAUUUUCUCAGAAUUUGGGGGGGAAAAAAGACACCAUAGUGUUAAAAUCUUUUUAAAAAUGAUUGAAAGUGUGUUGUGGGAGUCUCAGAGAGGAAAUCUACAAAGCUAUCUGUACAGGUUUUUAAAAAAAAAAAAAAAAAAGGAUUGAAAAGAUAUUACAAUAGUCUAAAAAUGACAAGUGGUCAUCUUCAAACGAUGGAUUCAAAAAGUCGAUGGAUUAGAUGGACAAAAAGAUUUUUGUGCGACUUGUUAAUAGAGUUGAUCCGCGGCUUCCUGGGCAAUGUGGUUUGGUGUAACGGUGGGAUCAAAUCUCAGUUUCUCCACCAUAUUGUCUCAUUUUCAGGUUUUGUUGUUUUCUUCAUUGCUGUCCAAAUGUUCUUGUUUGUGUGCUUCGUUUGUCUCACAACAUAACGAAAUGGAAAAACUUCAUCAACAACCAAACUGAAGGAUGAAACAAAAAUAAUAGGGUUUAUAAAUAAGCAAUAGUUUGAGUAACGCUGUCGACGGUUUCUUGAGUCUUUCUUAACGGUUGAACAAACGCUGCCGAUGGCAUAUUUUAUACCAAAGACGAAGAAAUUAUGUAGAGAAGAGAUCUUCCUUGUUGUUUGUUCAACUCUUUCACCUUUUAAAAGUGAAACGCAUUCUUGCUUACCAUGGUUUUAGUGGAUGAGAGUCCCCAGCGCAGCUUGUGAGAUUAAAAUAAAAUAUGCAGUAGGUCUUUAACUCGAUUGCCUCAAGGAGAAGAGCAGCUUAGUUUGCCGUGAUGUUUGAGUUCAGUGUUGAUUGAAGAGAAGCAUCCUUCUCGACAGAGCGGUGGCUUAUAAUAAGAUGGCAGAGAUGCUGAAAUUAAAACCUUGUUUGUUAAAAUACUACAGACUUCAUGAACGCAGUUCGGAAUGCAAACCUCUAAUUUGCACAGAUGACUUUGUUUGUUUAAAAUGUGGCACUGUGGAGCAGUUAUAGGCCGCCAGCACCUUACCUCCAGAAGACAGCGACCAAAAGCAAAACUGAAUCUCUCAAUGCUAUCUGCUUAUUCUAGAGAACAGAAAACAAACAUUUCUUAUCAUUUCACUGAAUGAAAAGUUAUUUUUUAUUGAUUAUGCUCUGUUUUUUUUUUUUUUGUUUUGUUUUUUUUAAAUCUGGUUUCUGAUAUCAAAUGAUUAUUGAAAGAUUUAUCUAAAGGAAUAUUUUGCAGUCAUGUGUACAUGUGGGAAUAAGAUUUUAAUAUAUUGAUAAAAUAUGAUAUACAUAUAAAUCUAUGGUAGUAACUAAAGUCAUGUGAUGCAUUUUCAGGCAAGAUAAGUAUGGUUUUUAAGAAAAAAAACAAAAACUAAUACUGAAAUUUUAUAGGACAUUAUUCAUUUUAAAACAUUCUUUAAGGACAUGCUUUAUAGCCGCAUAAAUGCAAAAAUAAUUUACUUGAACUCUCAAAAGAGAGCAGUUAUGUUAGCGCUAACCUUUAUUGCUUAAUUAUAAUCCAUCCCAGUUUCUGCAAACUGAGAUUACUCUCAUCGCCGUCUUCUGCAGUUGAGAUACUGACUACACAUACGUGCAAUUCACAACCCACUUUAAACAAACAGAACUUGUUCUGUAAAACAAUCUGUCUUGUCUGUCUUGCCAAACACCUGUAAUUUGUAAACACCAAUGACCUCUGUCAGACAAAAGGGCACUUCUGCAGAACAAAACAAUUUCAGCUUAUGAACACUCUUCUACAAGGGCAAUAUUUUUUGUGCAACUGUUUUUUUUGUUGUUUUUUUUGUUGUUUUUUUUGUUACUGUCUUUUGACGAUUACUUAUAUUUGAGCUGCUAAACACUUUUCAGUAUUGGGGAAAGAGGGUGUGCUGUGUUGUGUAUGUGUGUGGGGAAAAAUGCACCAUUGAAAUACAGCAACUGAUUAUUUUGAGGCAGAAUGAAGACUGAAGAAGAAAAAAAUUAACAUAACAUUUGCUCUGAGUACCAGUUUAUCAGAUGAGUGGACAGAAAGCAGGAAAAGAAGUGUACAUGUUGUGGUUCACACUGGUUCUGAGUCCACAUCCAUGUAGACCGACACCGCUCUGGAUGGAGGUGAAAAGAUAAAAUGGAUGGAGAAAAGGUGAUUUCUUUCUUCUUUUAUUAUUAUUAUUAUUAUUUUUAUUUUUUUUUAAACCAAAACUAAGCAGAUACAAACUUCUCAUUGAAAAGAAGCAAAAGAGGAGGCCGAGGAAACAAAGGUAAUAUUUAUGAGGUGUUUCUUUUUUGUACAGGCGUGUAAAAGAAGAUGCAAAACAUUGAGGAUGCUAUUUUUUUAUUUGCUUGGUCACAUGCCUCCAAUGUCUUUCAAAGUUGUGAUUUUGAGUGUCUGUAGAACCAGUGGGUGUUGCUGUAGUUUCACACGUGUGGGUUUUUUUUUUUUUUUUUUUUGUUUUGUUUUUUGACAAAACUUUCAAUAAAUUUUUUUUAUAUAUAAAAACAGCCAGUGUCCACAUUUCUUAAUGGCUUGUGCAGAAUAUUACCACUAGGGCGCAGCAUUGUUUUCUGCAUGUGGAUAAAAGGCAGGUUUAUAGCAUGUGCACGCAUACUGCUUCAAGCAGUCAUAGGUUUAACUCUUGCAGAGUUAUUUGAACAAGAGACUGAGUAGUUUUAACACUUGGAAGAGUUAAAGAUGAUCAGUCUCUUGCUGAAUAACUUGAAACUAAAUAAUACCGAUUCUGAAAAGGACCAAAUUUGUUGUGUGCUCAAAUUAAAACUAUGCAGCUGUUUAUUAUGUCCUGUUUUGACAGGAAUCAUCCCAUUCUGGGUAAUUUCAGUGUUUUCAAGAUUGUUGGUCAUUAGUAUAGCAAAAUAUUUUGUGUAUUGGUGGGCUGUCUGAUUUUUUCAUGUGUUUUUUUUUUUUUUUUUUUUUUUACAAUUUACAAUAAACCAAAAGGUUUGUUGUAAGGUUGCAUAGAUACUGUAGUUUGGCUGCUGAAUUUUAUGAAAUAACCAGAAAAAUUGCGGUCAAAGAACAAGUUUAUUAUACAGUUAGUUAUCAAAGCAUUGAAACAAAAGGGAACGUACAAUACAAUGAAAAACAUGCAUCAGUUUUUCAAGUAAAUUGUCCUAAAAUAUUAUCCAGUAGAGUGUGCUGUAUCCAACCAAAGUUCACUGUAACUGCACUUACAUUCACAAAAACAAAUCUCAUGAUUUACUGUUUCAAAUGAAUGUUCAAAAAUUUCUUUCUCAUGUAAUAAAAUAUAUGUAAAUAGCUGAAAACAUCGACAGCUGAACACAUAUAAUUGAAAAUCAGCAUUUUCUAUGUUCCCAUAGAGUGAGAUAAAGUUAUUGGGAAAACAACACAAAAUUGGAAUAAAUUGGUUAGUUUCCUGAAAUGUGCCUUUUAUAUAUAAAAAAACCUAUGGAAAGAAAAAAAACAAAGCGAGUCAUUUUACAUAAAUUUAUUGUUCCUGUUUCUACUUUUAGAGUUAUGAAUGUUCAGUUCGAACUAUAACUCUGGAAUGAAAAGUGAAACACCCUCAAGAACAGACAUUAAGAACUACUUUAGUUAUUGUUAAUCAGGUACAUUUCAUAACCAUUACUUAAAUGAAUUUGUAAUAUAAGACAUGACGACGUUUAAGUGUUUUUCAGUAAUCUAAUGUAUGAAAGUUGAUUUUUGAGUUAGAUCUUCCACAUCUAAUUAUAAUACUUCAAAUGUCUAGUGAUAUAAAGUGUGGAAAUGUUACAGACAAUAAUCACACUAAUGUUUAGUUAGUCUAAACUUUUCUCCUUAGAACUUGAGCACCAUAAUCUUUCUAUGAUCAAAGGAGGGAUGAAGAAAAAAACAGA